UGCAAUCAAUGGCUUAUCUUUCAGAAUCAAUCUAUUUUUAUGCCUUGGCAGAAGUGCGAGUCGAAAAUCUGCAAGGUCUGCACGUACCCGAUGUGCUCAACAAAUCAUGGCUGGAUGAUCGCCGCUAUCUGUGAGAGCUGAGUAGGUUGUGGUCAGCACUCCUAUAUAUGAAGCAACUAUGAAGUAUGCAAACCAACAUACAAUCCCAUAUAGCAGCAAGUGUGCUUUGGAGCUAAAGUUAACAUUGAAUCAAUAAAGCUCAUACAGCAUUUUUUAUUUUUUGUGUCAUCAUUUUUGAGUCUUUUACUUAUAUCUUGUAUAUCUGCCCCCUCUUCCUACCACCUUUCGUUCUCACAGAAAAGCCACGAGUAUAUUCUUCUUUCGAUGCAAAAUUACGCUUCUUCGGAUGUACAACUGUUGGAAGCAACUCUAUGUUUGAGCUCACCAUCGCUCCAUUAAUCUUGAUUCCCUCAGUAUAACUAUGAUGAAAAUUCCCAAAAAUCUGCCUCUAGGGCAGAUCCUGAUCUUGUCACUCUCCAGAUUUGCACAUCCAUUUGCUUACUCUGCAUCUCUACCUUAUAUCCCAAUGAUGAUGAGAUAUGUCGGUGUUCCUCCAGAGACGUUAGGUUUUUGGGUAGGAGCUGCUAUUUCCAGCUUCUCCAUCUGUCAAGUAGGAACUGCUAUACUAUGGGGCCAUAUCUCCGAUCGUAUUGGUCGAAAGCCUGUGAUUAUGAUGUGUAGCAUGAUGAUUAUGGUUGGCGUCCUCAUGUUCGGGUUCUCAACACAGUUAUGGAUGGUCUUGGUAAGUAGAGCAAUUAUGGGGCUCAGUAGUGGAGAUUCUGGGGUUAUCAAAACGAGUCUAGGAGAGAUGAUCAAAGAUAAAAAACUUCAAACAGUCGCCUUUUCCAUUCUUCCACUUGGACUUAAUUCUGGGUGGGCAAUAGGUCCAAUUCUGGGUGGUCUCGCCGCAAAUCCAUAUCAUGUUGAACCUGGAAAGCCACAUGGUGAUAGGUUCUUGGAGAGAUACCCUUAUGCUCUUCCUAACCUCAUUGCUACGGGAUUCUUUUUCGUUAGUUUGUUCAUCGUAUUUUUCGGAUUCAGGGAAUCACUAGAAAGUAAAAGGGGAGAGUCAGACUACGGAAUUUUGUUAAAAGAACGACUUUUUACAGUAACUAGUAGGUUCUACAGUAAAGUGAGGGGCAAAGGUGAUAAAGAUGAAGACAAGGAAGAAGAAGAUUUGGAGACCGCUCCUCUUCUAUCAGAUGAGAACUCUUUACCGCCGGCUAUUUUCAACGUCGCGGAAGCCAUCCCUCCAGUACCCGAGAAUCCACCCUCAGCAACAUGGAAGCAAGUCUUGGAUCGACAAACUGUUAUGUGUAUUAUUUCGUAUGGUUUCUUAACUAUGCACUCAUCAUCAUAUGAUUCGAUCAUCUCAGUGUUCAUGCACCAUGCCAAACAAGACCCCUCCUCCCCUCAAAUGCAUCUCCCCUUCAAAUUUAAUGGUGGAUUUGGUUCUGAUACCACAGAAAUCGGUCUCGUGUUCACCAUCUUCGGAUUCUUCUGCAUGUUCAUUCCCCUAUUACUUGUCGGUGUCCUCAACCGAUAUUUUCCCGUUCUGCGCGUCUUUCGUUACUCCUGCAGCAUUGGGAUUCUACCCAUCUAUCUCGCCACUCCCUUUACAACCCUUCUUCCCCACCCCACAAACUUCAUCGUGCUUAGUAUUCUUUUUGCUCUGAAGGGAUGUAUAUGUGAUUUUGGAUAUAUUUCUGGCAGCAUACUAGUUGCGAGAUCAUGCAAGAUUGAUAACGGAAGGGGGAGAAUCAAUGGUUUACAGAGUAUGAUUAGCGCGAUGGCAAGAAUUGUAGGACCGCUUUGGGCGGGGAGUAUGUUGGAUUUGGGAGCGAGGAUAGGAUAUAUAGGGAUGGGGUUUUGGGCAGGUCCGGCGUUGGCUGUGGUGCUGGCUUUAUUGCCUCUUUCGUUGAUGACGGAUGAUUAGAUUUGAAGGGGAGAUUGGGCUUGAAAGAGAUACAUGGAGAGAUUAGAAGUCAAUGCUAUAUAGAAAUAUAAAUCUGAAA